AUGUCUACCAAAGCUGAAUACGUCUUCACCCGGGACUUUCUCGACAAUAACCGCAUCAAUUUGAUGCACACCCUAUGGGCCAAAAUCUUCGGAUAUCUCAUCCAUCCCAAGAUCCCCACCGGGAGUCCGGACCUACGGGUGGCAGACGUCGGGACAGGCACAGGGAUCUGGCUCUUCGAUGUUGGAACCAAACUGUCCAAGUCGGCCCAGCUGGAGGGGUUCGACAUCUCGUUUGAUGCGGCUCCGCCCCCUGAGACAUUGCCCUCCAAUGUGAGUUUCCGACACUGGAACGUCAAGAAUGACGUCCCCGAAGACCUUGUCAACGUCUUCGACGUCGUGCACGUCUGCUUUUUCUCCUUCGUCCUGCUGAAUGAAGAAGUGCCUCGCGUCGUGGAGAGGCUCUUCAAGCUGCUCAAGCCCGGAGGCUACCUGCAAUGGGGAGAGCCCGACUACUCAUCCAUCCGCAUCGACAAGACAAAGCCAGAAUGCAAGACCGAGAACCUGAGCGAGAUGAUGAAGCUCAUGGCGGUCCAGGACCCGCGGCUGAACCCGACCUGGCAAAAAGACCUGCCGGACCUCUUCUCCGACAGCGGCUUCGUUGACGUGGAGACGGAUGUCUGCGAUGCCCCGUCCCAUCUGGCCUUCAUGCUGCAUGAGUGCAGCCUCAUGAUACAUGAGCUCAUUGCUCGCAAGACGCAGAACGAGCGGAUGGCGAAGGAGCUGGCGCACCUGCUUCCGCGCUCGGUUGACGAGACGAAGUGA